GGUUCCAGGAGGUGGAGCAUAGAAUUCCUGAGAGAAAGGAGAUGUCAGGUUGUUAACGGCUUCCGAGGAGAUGUCUUUAAACACAAGUCAUAAAUCUGUCCAGGAAGAGAAAAUAAAUUCACGUGGAAAACCCACAGGAUCUUAGCCGUGUCCCAGGGGAACAGGCUGGAGCUACCAGGCCACGUGUCCAGAUCAUCCCCGCUGUGGGGCAAGAGUGAUUGUUAUUAAGCUGGUGAUGGUGGUCUCAUGGCUGUAGGCACUGAUCUCGACCCUCCUAAUUCUGCCUUCGUAGAUCUCCAUCCUUUGUCAGGGCAGAGCCAGAUGGCCGUGUCCCAGGGAACCUUGACCUUCAGGGACGUGUUUGUGGACUUCACCCUGGAGGAGUGGCAGCAGCUGGACGCCACUCAGAAGAACCUCUGCAGGGAUGUCAUGCUGGAGAACUACAGCCACCUGGUCUCCGUGGGAUUCCUCAUGGCCCAACCAGGUAGGAUCUUCAGGUUGGGACAAGGAGAAGAGGAGGCCAGGAAGGCAGCUGGAGAAAGCCCAACACGGAGGUGUCCAGAAUUCUGGCAAGUUGGUGACCCGAUAGAUAAUCACAAGGAAAGCCAAGACAAACCUCUGUGGCAAGCUGCAUCUGUUGAUAAGGAAACACUGAAGGAUGGAAGUGGCCAAGAAUUCAUGACAUACAGAAAAAUCAUUUAUCCAAGCACAAACUUUGUUUCUGUAAGACAAAGACUCCCUAAAUAUGAUUCAUGGGGAAAGUGUUCAAAACGUAAUUUAAAUUUUCUUAGUCAAAGUAGAAGCUAUGUAAGAAAGAAAUAUGAUGAAUGUAAGGCAUAUUGGAAAUUAUGCUUCCAUUCUAAUCUUGAUGAUAAAGCUCAACCUGGAGAGAAAUUCUUUGAGCCUAAUGAACAUGGAAAAGCCCUCCACCAUAAGCAAGCCCUUAAUAAAAGUCCAAGAAUUCAAACUGGGGAGAAAUUCUAUAAAUGUUCUGAAUGUGGAAAAGUGUUUAUCCAGAAAGCAAACCUUGUUGUACAUCAGAGAACUCACACCGGAGAGAAACCUUAUGAAUGCUGUGAAUGUGCAAAAACCUUCAGCCAGAAGUCAACCCUCACUGCACACCAGAGGACUCAUACAGGGGAGAAGCCGUAUGAAUGCAGUGAAUGUGGGAAAACAUUUAUCCAGAAGUCAACUCUGAUUAAACAUCAGCGAACUCAUACAGGAGAGAAACCAUUUGUAUGUGGUGAAUGUGCAAAAGCUUUUAAGAGUUCGUAUCACCUAAUUAGACAUGAAAAAACACACAUUAGACAAGCAUUUUAUGAAGCUAUCAAAUGUGGUAAGUCCAGACUUACACAUCAAAGGACUCAUACAGGUGAGAAACCUGAGUGCAAUAAACAUGGGAAAGCCUUUGAUGAGACGCCCACCCCCAUUAAACAUCAGGGAACUCAUACAAAAGAGAAACCUUAUGAGUGCAGUAAAUGCGGAAAAGGAUUCAGGGGAAAGUCACACCUUUCUGUUCAUCAGAGAGUUCAUACAGGAGAGAAACCCUAUGAAUGCAGCAUAUGUGGGAAGACUUUGAGUGGAAAAUCACACCUCUCUGUCCAUCAUAGAACUCAUACAGGAGAGAAACCUUACGAAUGCAGAUGAUGUGGGAAAGCAUUUGGUGAGAAGUCAACCCUUAUUGUACAUCACAGAACUCAUACAGGAGAAAAACCCUAUAAAUGCAAUGAAUGUGGGAAAGCCUUCAGUGAAAAGUCACCACUGACUAAACAUCAGAGAAUUCAUACAGGAGAGAGACCCUAUGAAUGCAGUGACUGUAGGAAAGCAUUCAGUAGGAAGUCAACUCUCAUUAAACAUCAGAGAAUUCAUACAGGAGAAAAACCCUAUGAAUGUAGUGAAUGUGGCAAAGCCUUCAGUGUGAAAUCAACUCUCAUUGUACAUCACAGAACUCAUACAGGAGAGAAACCUUAUGAAUGCAGAGAAUGUGGCAAAGCCUUCAGUGGGAAGUCAACUCUCAUUAAACAUCAGAAAAGUCAUACAGGAGAGAAAACCUAUUAAUAUACUUUAGUGUGAGAUAAUUUCACUAGUUACACCUCAUUAUAUUAUAUAUCUAUCAAUUCAU